UGGCAGCCAACCAAAUGCUCUUCUACAGUCCAGCAAUCAAACAACCCUUCCCUUCUCCCACUCCAAUGAAAUAGCCCAUUAGAGAGAGAGAGAGGUGAUGGGGUUGCUCUCCGCCCAAGUACAGGGCAUGACCUCCGCAGCAAAGACUUCGGCUUUGUCCACUUCGUCAGAUAAUUUUACUUCUUCCUCACUGUCGUCCUUUUCCAAGUUCACUUCUUUGUCCUCCACCCAGAAUUCCUUCUCCAAAGGCCGAUUCAGCACCGCCCGCCUUCUCCGGCUCACUCCAUACGUUAGAACAAGAGAAAGGAGGACAGCAUCCCCAAUCUGUGUUCUGCCACUGACUGAAGAGAAUGUUGAGAUGGUCUUGGAUGAGGUGCGGCCAAGCCUGAUUGCAGAUGGAGGGAAUGUGGCCCUUCAUGAAAUUGAUGGCCUUGUUGUGGUGCUGAAACUUCAAGGGGCUUGUGGCUCUUGCCCGAGCUCAACCAUGACUCUAAAGAUGGGGAUUGAGACUCGGCUCAUGGAUAAGAUACCAGAGAUCCUGGCUGUUGAGCAAAUUCUUGAUACAGAGACCGGGCUCGAGCUCAAUGAGGAAAAUGUCGAGAAGGUUCUCUCCGAGAUAAGACCAUACCUAGCAGGCACUGGAGGAGGUGCCCUCGAACUACACAAGAUCAGUGGCUAUAUUGUAACGGUCAGAUUGAGCGGACCUGCGGCUGGAGUCAUGACUGUAAGAGUAGCUCUUUCGCAGAAACUGAAAGAAAAAAUACCUUUGAUUGCAUCAGUCCAUCUUAUAGAAUAGCAAACACUGAAUCAAGAGGUUUUGAUAAAUUUAUGGACAUUGUACAAACGACUUUAAGGUAAAAAUGCUUCUUUGUUUUCAUCA